UUUUAACUUUUAUGUCUUCAAAGAAUAAGACUUAAGAUGAUUGGCGUUUCAUGGACACCAGAGUUCUCCAAUUGUGGAAACAUUAAUUCAAUAUCGCACACAAUCUCUGACCAAGACCUGGGCUCUAUGGCAAGAGGUGGAACAAGGCAAAGGUCUCACUCCUACUACAACCGAGAGGAUGUUAAGAACUAUGGUGUGGAGAUACAGAAGGUGGAAAGCUGUUUAAGACCUCGCUCCAGAUCGUUUUACAGUUAUGAGACAUCAGAGCUGCACUCUGACUAUGACGUGGGAACCUUUAAACGGUCUAGUCCACAGAAUCAGAAAACAAACUCCUCACAACUCAACCAUCAAAUGACCAAAAAGGAGGAAAGACAAGAAGAAGGAUCUACUGUUCGAGUAACAUCUAAGAAGUCUAAGUCCAAACCAAACAAGCUUUCAUCCCCUAGAGAACUUAAUGGCAAUAAAGGCAGUCUCAAGCCAGUGUCCAUGAUAACCAUCUCUGAGUCGGACAACUGGGAGAUUUGUUCCAGCUCUGGGAUGAAGUAUGGACAGUUUGUGGACUGGGAGAAGAUCGAUCCUGAAGCUGCAAAAAGAUAUGAGCAGAUCCUGAUGAGCGGGCACCAGCAGCGGAAAACUAUGGGCCGAGAGGGAUUCUGGGCCUCACCGCACACACUAAGGGCCAAAGCUUAUUAUCACAUCAUCCACAGCAUCAAUUCCAGGGCUAUCACUCCAGACAGAGAUCUCUACUAUGAACUGGCCAAGAACCUAUUUGGAGAACAGAAAAUCAGCAACCACCCAGUCCCAGAGUACAUGGAGGCUGGAGACAUACCCAGAUACUGUCUCAACAAGGCAGGCCUGAAUUCUGUUAAAAAGAUCCUUCUCUGCCUUGGCAAGCACUUCCCAGACAUGAACUUCUGCCCCAUCCUGCCUGCCCUGGUCUCUCUUAUCCUCCACUUCAGCGAAGACGAAGCUGAGUGUUUCUUCAGCGUGUCCCGGCUUAUCAGCUACGAUGACCCCAACAAGCGCUACAUUGACCAGACCUUUCUCACCUACCGCGCUUCCUGCAUGACCUUUGGAGACCUUGCCAACAAAUGUUGCCGAGGCAUUCGUAAGCUGAUCGCCAGCUCUCACCAGAACCUUUUUGAGUUUUACUCUGAUUGGAUCAUGUGGAUAUUUGCUGACCUUCCAUUCACAUAUGCCAUCAGAGUUCUGGAUGUCUACCUACAGGAGGGCUACAAGGUCCUUUAUAGGGUGGCACUGGCUUUGCUCAACCUCUACAAAGUGUCUGUGUCAUCUCGAGUGGCAGAUGUGGAGGAUUUUAGAACAGAUAUGAAGAGUUUUGUACAGAAUGUAGCUCGCCACUGCACAGCUGAGAAGCUUCUGGAGAGAGCAUUCAUGAUUCCAAUGGCGACACGGAGAGAGCUCAACCUUCUAUUUAAUGCCAAUAAAGACUCCCUCAUGCAAAAAGGUGUCAGCAUUCAGCAGAAGAGGCAGUCGGUCGAAACAGUGGACUUUGACAACUUCAGCUCCAAUGUUGUAACAGGGACUGAAAUGAGAGUUGUCUGGGCCUGGAUACCUGAACGCUUCGCCCUCUUCAGUCCCAUUAGGUUGUUCAGUGCAGCUGAACAUGGAAGAAGUCUUGCUUCAUUCUAUUCACAAGUGGAAGGACACGAACCAGCAGUCUUGAUUAUCAAAACGACGGAUGAAGAGGUGUUUGGUGCCUUCCUGUCUACAGAUAUGAUAGAGAGAAGAAAGCAUGACUCCCAGGGACUCGCAUAUUUCGGAACUGGGGAGUGUUUUGUUUUUACGCUCCGUCCCAGCAUGGAGCGCUACCAGCAGGCCAUGGUCAACAUCAUGACCCGAAGAGCCUCUCCCCCGCAGAAUCCCAGCUACCUGACAAUCCCCUUCACUGCACCAUCAGAGGAACCCAUGACUGCCAAAGAGCCCAAGAGACCUAAAGAGCAAGAAGCCUCCAUGUUCAUAGCAGGAGACAACAGUCAGCUUGUUAUCGGUGGCGAUGGGGGCCAUGCUCUCUGCCUGCAGGAAGACCUCCAGGGAGGAUACACUGAACUCUGUGACACGUUCAAGAGCAUCCCACUGUGCAAGGGACGUUUCAAGAUCCAGUCCCUGGAAGUGUGGGGCAUCCAGAACUCUAUUUCCCUUUCUCCCUGUUUUUCCUCCUCUUAAAAUAAUGAGAGCAGCCUUGUAAUUUUGUUUUUCUGGGUAAACGCUGAUGCAGUUUUCGUUGAUGCUAUUUGAAUGUACUUGAUUUUUAUGUAGCUUGCAGAUAUUUAUUUUGUGCAAUGCAAAUUUAUACGAGUAUUUAAAGCAACUGAGUCAGAUUUUACUUGAUUUGUCAAGACAAGUUUGUUUGUAUGGGCUUUAUCAUUUAUUAUGUUUUACUGGACUUUACCAUCCACAUGCAGUGAUUCCUGUCUCAGGGUACACAAACAAAACAUAAACAAUCUAAGCAAUUUCAUCACAUAAGGAAGGCAAUUAAUUUCAAAAUAACCAACAUAAAUCAAUAUGUAUUCAGUCUUAUCACCAAGGCUGAUUGUGACAACAUUGCAGGAGAAACAAUAUAACUCUAUCUGGUCUCUCAUAAAGUCAACUUGUUUCAUAGAGUAUAGUAUGUUCUGUCGUCCCCACACUGCGGAUCAGCACAACAGCACCUGUAUAGGAUGCAUGCUUACUGCUGCAGCUUCUUUUUUAUUAUUAUUUUACAA